CUUGGUGCUGCUGACUAAUAAACUAAAAACUUGUUUGUUUUUUCUCAUUCUUUGUUCUUAUCUUCCUUCCUUGAUAAGUGACUACAAUGGAGUCGUCUGCCUCAUCACUUGACGUCAUUUCUCGCGACAAGCUAACUAUCUUUGAAAUCUUUCUUCACAUUGGACCCGAAGGAGAGGAGAUUUUAAAGACGGCCAAAUUGGUGCAUGUCGUCGACAGGUGGCAAGCCUUCGUCGUCACCAUCGCAGACGAAACUUAUUCCUUCAUCCGCACCCCUUUUGUCGACAGUGGCGUCUGCAAAAUUGCUAAAAUUCCCCAACUGUUCGGCGUCCGUAUUAAAGACUUUGUCGUGGUACUGAUUGAGCUGGCCGUAACGGAAGAUGGAUCCUUGUAUUCUUGGAUUCUUCAUGAUCCCGACGUGUUGGAUUUUGACCAUGAUUCCACCGAUUUCGCCCUCUUAGGCCGCCUCAAAGAAGAUGCUGAUGGAAUAAACUGGGAUAAAUCUGACCUCAUCUUGACCCCGCACCGUGUCCUGGGUUCUUUAACGGGGAAGAAAGUACGCCAAGUCGCGUUAUCAUGUGAGCGGAUUGUCGUGUUAACCAUGGGUGGGGACGUUUACGAGUGGGGUGAGGCGGCCUCUUCUUGGGAGCCAUGUUUGGUUCCAAAGCAACAUUUUCAAUACCAGCAAGUCAUCUCGAUUACCUGCAGUGACGACAUGUCCGCCGCUCUUACAUCGAAUGGAGAGUUGUUUCAAUGGGCACUGGACAACAAAAUGCCGCAAAAAGUGGUCGUGGAUACCGCACCAUUUAAAAAGAUAACUGCCACUAACGACUUCAUUCUUGCCCUGGCCGUUAACGGAUCGCUGUACUCUUUAGGAUUGCAAGAUUCUGUGGUUGAAUGGACGGCUGUCUACACGUGUCAAGAAUUUCAAGAUAUUGCAACCUCUUGGACGGAAGACGCUGUUAUUUUCGAGUUAAAAAAUAACACCCUUUGCUUUGCAUUUUGUUGGAAUGAAGAUUCCCCUCCUCUUACCUCGUUUUUGCCAAGCUGUACCUCAAUCGAGUAGUUUAUUGCGGAAAAUUGUCAAGCAACUUAUCGCACUGUUUGUGCACAAACUCAGCUUAAAUCACGGACAGUGGGUGACGAUAUUGGCACCUUGUGGGGGAGCAAGGAAAAUUCGGACGUGACAUUUUCUCUGGAAGGGAAAACCAUCUCGGCACACAAAUUAAUUCUGGUCUGUCGAAGUGCCUAUUUCGCAAAAAUGUUUAGCAAUGAGUGGAAGGAGACGGAAGGGGAAGCACCCGUGAUUGAGAUCAAGGAUACCAAGUAUGAAAUAUUUGAGGCUUUCCUCUUCUACAUUUACAACGACAAGGUCAAAUUCGCUGGGAACGAGUACGAGAACAUUUUUAACCUCAUGCAGUUAGCCGACUCGUAUUGUGACCUCAAAAUUCGUCAGAACUGUGAGAAAAUUCUGAUUCGAAAUAUCAGCGAGGAAAGUGCUUUCUUCCUCGUUCGUAACGCAUCCUUGGCUAAGGCUUCGAAUUUGGAGAGGAAUAUCGUCAAUUUCAUUUUGGACAAACGACUCCUCGACUUAAACUUGUCGCCUCAAGAACUCGUGGAAUUAUUGGGAAUGGACGCAUUUCAUACAAUUUCGCUCGCCGCACUUCAUCGACUGUAACGGAUUAUUGGAAUCUUAAAGAUAAGAUUUAACCCAAAUUUUUUUAGUGAACAAAAUAGUGCUGACUUUAUACAGCUAGCCCGUCUCCGCCGGUCGAGCGAGAAUUAUAAGCUGGAAAUAUCUGUCGGCAGCGGAAGUGAAAGUAAAAAAAAAUCAAGCUUCUAGGGGAGACAAUCACUCCUAGAUAACCACCAUCAGGUAACUACUCCUAGAGAAGCACUAAGAUAAAACCACUAAGAUAACUAUUCUAAGACAUUUAAUGUUUUAAAUUUAAUUUAUUCCAAAUUUUCGCGCCAUUCGGAACUUGACUGUCUCCACUUUCACUUCCGUUUCGGAAAAUUACUUUCACUUCCGUUGCAGACAAACAUUUCCAGCUUAUAAUAUAGAUAAAUGUGUGUCUAUUAAAUGUUACGAGUUGAUUUCUUGGAUAAUUUUGCAGUUUCUGGUUAAAACAGGCAUUAAAUCUUGCUUUGUUUAGAGCUUCUGAUUGAUUAUAAAUGUACUUACAUACUUACGCAUUGUUAAGAAAACAAAAAAUAAAUUCUGCUCCCCCAAGUCCCAAAUUGAUAAAAUUUA